AUGGGGAACAAGAACGCCAUCCCGCCAAAAGGUCCUGACACGGGGACAACGCAGAGAGAGGAAGGGGUGUUCAUCGAUAGCGCCACAGGAAGUGUCUCCAGAGAUGGAGAGCCGGGCCCCAGCCCAGAGCUGCUGGCCUCCCUGCAGUCCCUCAGAGAAAACAGUGACUACACAAUGCUGCCGCACUCCCUGCACCAGAUCGCAGAGGCCUACUCGCUCAAAGAUGACUAUCAGUGGGCCAUCCAGUUCCUGCAGCUGGAGAAGCUCUACCACGAACGCCUGCUUUCAAACCUCGCCGCCCUGCAGGAGAACUGGGAGAGCCAGUGGAGAGAGAAGAAGAACGACGGAAGCGUUUCCCCCACUGAGACGGACGGCAUUGGUCAGAAACACAUCGAGACCCUGAGCCAGAUCUGCAGGACACACCUCCGACCAUCCAUCAGUGUGGAACAGAACACAAUGAAUGCACUGAAAGACGUUCAGAGCAAGAACGAGACGCUACAACCCUGUCAUGAUGAAGUUAACAAGACUGAAAGAACACGCCAGGAUGAAGAACAAGAGCAAGGUGUGACCUCAGAGCUUUCCGCACCGAAGACAGCCGAUCAGGAGGGAGGCGAGGAGGAGGAAGAAGAAGAAGAAGAAGAAGAAGAAGAAGAAGAAGAAGAAGAAGAAGAAGAAGGAGAGAGGUAUGAGGAAGGACAGGAAGUGGAGGAGGAGGAGCCAUGUGAGGAGACGCCAGAGGAGGAGGUGAAGGUGGAGUGGCCCACAGGAGUGCCCCAGGCUUCAGACAAGGACCUGGCCAAGCUGUCCCACACAGAGGGGAGCUCCUCCCCUGAUGGUCUGGUCUCCAUUCUGAAGAGGAGGAGAGCAUCUCUGGAUGGAUUGCCUCCCCCAGCGACAUUGUCACCAAACAGAGCUCCAAACGCAAAGUUCGCUUCAGUGAACCAGAGGAAGGCAUUGAUCAAGAUGAGAUGGGUGGAGAUUCCUGCCUGAUCCUGCUACUGCUGUGUCUGGUUACCGUGGUGAUCAGCGUAGGCGGGACGGCCCUCUACUGCACGUUGGUGGACACUUACUCCAACAUUUGCACCGACUUCACUCACAACGUCGACUUCUACGUCAUGAACGU